AAGGAGAGCUCAACUCAACUUGUCCAACCCAGUAAAGCAUAUUUACAAGAAUAACAAAGCAUCAUGUCAGUGGAGUCCACCCUUGAGCGGGUUUAUUAAGUCAGACCCCAACCCAAAAUCCUGGUGGAGCCACACCUGUCAAGCAGAGUAUAAAGAGACCUAGCUGACUCAAAGAGGACAAAAAGUUUCUCCAUAGAAACUUCAAGAUGUGUCGCUUCUCUAGCCUGCUGAUGCUCCUCUUGCUUAGGCUCUCUCAGGCUUACCAGGAUGACAACAUGCAAGAGCAAGACGAGGAAGUCCCGAUUGACAUCUCCGACAAAAUCCUCACCGCCAAUAACGCCACCGACGAGAUCCUCCUGGAAGGAGAUCUGCUGAUUCCCAAAACCAGGAACGCCAUAAAGUGCUGGUACUGGAACUGCCGGUGGAGCAAAUACAGCAACGGCCAUGUGAUGAUCCCUUACGUGGUGAGCCAAGACUUCCUCAAAUGGGAGAAGCAGAAGAUUGAAAUGGCCAUGAGGGCCUUCCACGGCACCACCUGUAUCCGCUUCGUGCCCAGGACCGGCGAGUUCGACUACAUCAGUGUGGAGAGCAGAGGCGGUUGCUUCUCGUCACUGGGAAGGCAGGGCGGCAAGCAGGUGGUGUCCAUCAACCGCCUUGGCUGCCUCUACCACGGCAUCAUCUUGCACGAGCUCAUCCACGCUUUGGGCUUCCAGCACGAGCAAACCAGGAGUGACCGUGACGGCUACGUCAGGAUCAACUGGGAGAACAUCGACCCAGCGAUAGCCUACAACUUCAACAGGCAGGACACCAACAACCUGAACACUCCGUAUGACUACACUUCCGUCAUGCACUAUGGGAAAACGGCCUUCAGCGUCAACGGGAGGGACACCAUCAUCCCCAUCCCUGACGCCAGGGUCCAGAUUGGCCAGAGGUCUGGCAUGUCCCAAUGGGACAUCAAGAGAAUCAACCUUCUCUACGACUGUUAAAACAACACGUGUGAUCUCUUG